AUGGAGGACAAGGCGGUAUACAAGUGCGCAUUUGGUUUAUUAGGUGGACAUUUAUUCAAGGCUCCGGAUGUAACAGAAGUAUUUGUUGUGACUACAACGAAGGGUGCAAGUAAGAAAGAAACAGCAUCUCCGAGUACCGCGGGUUUUUCCAAGGAGACAAUUAUCGCUGUUGGUGCCGGGGGCGGAGGAGGGGUGCUGCUGGUUACUAUCAUUGUUGCCGUGGUCUGUGUGAAAAAGAAAGGCAAGGGGAAUUCCACUUCAGAUAUCUACGAGAUGAGAUACAGGAAGAGUAACCAACAUGCACAUAGUGGGCUUACUUCAGAUGUAUUCAUUGAUAACAUUGAUGACAUAAGCCUCAUCCAGUCUAUUGGACAGGGACAUUUUGGCAAAGUCUGGAAGGCGGAAGAUAAAAGACCUGAUGCUGUUAGCAGGAUAUUAGCUGUUAAAGUUUUAAAAGAAAGUGCCACUGAAGUUGAUCAAAAAGACUUCAUACAAGAAAUGGACACAAUGACAUCAUUGGUGCCACAUGAGAACGUAGUGAAGCUGCUGGGUUAUUCUAAAACAGUUCCAGCUUUUAUUGCCCUUGAAUUUAUGGCUUAUGGGAGUCUGAAAACAUUCUUACAUAGUAGUCGCAGUGAUAAUAUCUACGGGAACCUGCACGGUGGAAGCAAUAGACUGACGUCCAGAGAUCUCCUCACUUUUGCUGAACAUGUGGCCAGGGGAAUGUCACACGUGGCGAAGAAUGGGGUAGGUAAGAGACAUGCAGAUCUUUGUCUUUAA